AUGACUGUAAUUGGCAGAGCUGACUCUUCAGACCCAUCAGCCCGUCAGAAUCAGCCCGGCCGUUCCGAGGCAGUCUCCACUGGAGACGUGGACGCAGGCUCUGCCGGCUGGAGUGCUGUGUCUUCACUAAGUGAUGUUUCCAGUCACACACUUUCUUUAGGACCAGUGCCCGGGGCUGCUUAUUCAGAUUCGGCUGUCUCUGAUAGAUCAGAGCCAUCACCACCAAAGGAUCAAGGUGACAGCAUUGCGCUGCCACAGAAAGUUCUUUUUCCCUCGGAGAAGAUUUGUCUUAAGUGGCAGCAAACUCACGGAGUUGGCGCUGGGCUUCAGAACCUGGGCAACACCUGCUUUGCCAAUGCAGCGCUGCAGUGUCUGACAUACACAGCACCUCUCGCCAAUUACAUGUUGUCACAUGAACACUCCAAGAUAUGUCAUGCAGAAGGAUUUUGCAUGAUGUGUAUAAUGCAAGACCAUAUUACCGAGGCACUCAAUAAUCCUGGGGAUGUUAUUAAACCCAUGUUUGUCAUCAAUGAAAUGCAGCGCAUAGCCAGCCACUUCCAAAUUGGCGAGCAAGAAGAUGCCCACGAGUUUCUUCAGCACACGGUUGACGCCAUGCAGGAAGCGUGCCUCAGUGGCAGCAACGAGUUAGACAGACACACCCAGGCCACCACACUAAUUUGCCAAGUGUUCGGGGGAUACCUGAGAUCUAGAGUCCAAUGUUUAAAUUGCAAGGGUGUCUCAGAUACCUUUGAUCCAUAUCUGGAUAUUACCUUGGAGAUAAAGGGUGCUCGGACUAUCAAUGAGGCGCUGGCGCAGUUUGUGAAGCCGGAACAGCUGCAUGGAAACUGCUACCAGUGUAGCAAGUGCAAAAUCAUGGUUCUGGCUUCAAAGAAUUUUACCAUACAUCAGUCAUCUAACGUUCUUGUACUUUCUCUAAAACAUUUUUCAAAUUCCACUGGUGGGAAAAUUGCUAAGGAUGUGAAAUACCCCGAAUAUCUCGACAUUAGGCCAUUCACGUCACAGCCAAAUGGAGAACCCAUUGUAUACACUUUGUAUGCAGUGCUGGUCCACGCGGGAUACAACUGCGUGGGCUAUUACUUAUGUCACGUAAAAGCUAGCAAUGGCCUGUGGUACCAGAUGAAUGACUCCAAGGUAUCUCCCAGGGAUACUCGAUCUGUGCUAAACCAGCAAGCUUAUGUACUAUUUUAUAUAAGGACCAAUGAUGUGAAAAGUGGGAGUGAAUUUGCUAAGCAUCCCACCCACCGCCGUGGUCAGUCCUCUGUCCACCGGGUCACCAGUCCUCGGGGCAUCGCUAACAAGCAGGCUGCAGCAGGGCUUCCUGGACCACAGCUUCCCCCUCACCCGGUGAAGAAUUCACCCCGCUCCAGUGGGACCAGGCCACGGAAAGACCCAGCAAGGAGUUCCACACCAAGUCCCAGUGGAAGUCCCAGAGUCAAGAGGUGUGGUCCUGAUAAUAUUACUACUUCUGUCCAAAACUGGUCAGUUAACAGCCCCCGGAUUCCAGAACACCCUGAGGAACAAAAAAAUCACCAUUGGAAUCAUAAUAAACUGCCUGUUCUCCAAGCCAAAUCUAUCUGUCUAUCUGAAAAAUUACCUAUAGGAUAUGUUAAUUUGCCUUUGAGGAGAGUUCACCGUGUGACCAUUCAGCAUAAACGCUGCCUCCAGAUUUGCCAUCUGCGCUGUCGGGCUGCGGUGGUGACUGACUUUUGCACGGGGGCAGAUGUACUUCCUGAACCCUGUGGCACUGAGAAGGGAACACAGGACAGCAGCGCAACCACCCAGGAGGACAAAGUGUUGCUACCUGAGAGCCUGCAGGACUCUGGUCCAGCAGAGACAGUGGAGCAGCUGAGCCCAGCUUCCUCCACACAUCCAGAAGGUGGAUGGGAGCCUGAACUCUCGGUUUCCCUUAGUGGAGACCUGUGUAGUGACACAGAGGCCCUGUCCUGGGGCACAGAUGAAUCUGCUGAUGCACUGCCCUCUGCUCAGCCACAUAGGACCUCAGGUGCCCAUCCUGAAGGGGAUCCUGGACACAGUCAUGGGGAGAGGUGUGACAAAGAUAAAGCCUGCCAGAAGGUUCCGAAUUGCCUUCCAGUGAAAGGGAAAGUCGGCAGUCUUAAGAAAGUUGACCAAGGACAUUGCUAUAACCGUAGAGACCACUCCUCUGGUGGGGAACACAUGCAAAGAGGAAGAAGGAAGGAGCGGUCGACUGGGUGUCAUUGGCACAAAAAGCGGCGCUCCUACACCCGAAAGCACAGCGAACAGGAAUGCCACGCUGCUGUGCAGCCCCGCAGCAGGAGCCGGCACCCUCUGUGCUGUGGGGAGUCAGUCAGUCCUGGCAAGCGCUACAAUCUGGGAAGGUACAGCUGCCACCACUCCCGAACCAGGAGAGGGGCUGAGCAGGACUGGAGCCGAUAUCACCGCUCAGCCAGCGAGCACUCCUGGCUCCCAGAGAAGUGUGACCCCAAGAAGAUGCGGUGGGACCGGUGCAGGUAUUACCCCGACAGGUACACCCCAUAUGCAGGCAGGAAGCCCAAUGUGAAGGGACCACAUAAGGACUCCUCCUGGGCCAGGAAGGGCUGGGAGCCUCCUGCCCCGGUGAGGGAGCGGACCCACUUCCACAGCCCUUGCACAGGUGCUGCACCCCCUUUCCCUCUGCACCCCAAGCGCUACUCCCAGGAAGAAGCUGCCUUUGGAGCUGACGACAGUGGCUGUGGCCUGUCUGAUCAGUUUUAUGAACACAAAAGCAUGAAGUCACGCAAAUGCAGGUAUGAGAAUACAAAAAGUAAUGACAGUCAUGAGGAAAAGAAAGCCCACAGGAGCCUGCCCAAAGACCUGGAGGAGCCUAAGGCGAAGAAGCACAAAAGGUCAAAGAAGAAGAAGAAAUCUAAAGACCAACACCAGGAGCGUGACCACAGGCAUCGGCUGGAUUCAGAUAUUCUAGAUGCAUACUCCAAAGCUGACCUCUACAGACACAAAAAGAAGAAAAAGAAAAAGAAGAGGCACCUGGGGAAAGCAGAAUACUCUGAAAAAGAACCAGGACUGCACCUGCUGAAGGCCUCCAGCUACAGGAACAUCAGCUAGUUUGAGAGACCCAAGAGCAACUACCUGCUCACUGAUGGCCUGACUGUGGAGGAUACUGGAUCUUUCCCAAAGAAGAGCCAUGUAUUGGCAUGUAACCAGGGUAAGAGGAGAUUCUUGGAACUCCUCAGAAGAGAAAAACUCUGACAAGGUUUUGAAGUGGUGACUGACACACAGAGACAGUAACUGAGGUGGCCUGAAAGGGUGCGUGAGUGAUACAGGGCUCCUGCCUUGUCCACCUUGACUCCCAGGCUCUGAGCCACUCAUUGUCUCUGUGUAGUUUGGGUGCCUGACACUGAUCCCUAGCACCAAAGGAUGGUUACGUGGAAGUGGAAUUUAUGACCCUGGAAUUUAGGCACUCUGGGUGUCUGUGUAUGUGCUCCCAAGAUAGAACUUUUUUGUGUUUUUCAUGCAUUUUUGAAAGCGAUGCUUUUGCAGCGUUUGCUUUACUCUCCUGAUUCCUUAAAGCAUCCAGAGUGUAUCCUAGCUCAUAAUUUGAUGAUCUGGGCCAUUAGAAAUCGUAGUGGUCUCCUCUGCCAGGGGUGCCUUUGAGGCUCCUGGCCUGCUAUCCCACUCUGGGCUCCCGGGCAUCUCGGAUUCUUGUGUGUAGACUGCUCUUUGUGCUCUGAUUGCAGUGGGGCAGCCCCUCCCCCUUUGUGACUGGUUCCCUGAGGAGGAGCCCUGAGAAGCUUGUUAAGAGUGAAAGUGAUGGGAGUUGGGGCCGGGGCACAGGUUGACAAGCUGCGUCUCGAAGGCCAAAGCCGGCCCUGUGCCUAUCGCUCAUCACCUGUGAGGAGCACUAAGCAGGGACAGAGAAGGCAUUGAAAUCCUGAGGAAAACCUAAUUCCCUGGUGUUGAGCUGUGGAAAGAGCAGCAGGAGUGGGGGGCACUGAACUCCAAGCCAGCACUGGAGAGCGCGGAGACUGGGGCAGCCUCAGCAAGGGAAGUGCAGGGCUGGUUCCUCUUGCCUCCCUCACUGGAAGAAGCCAGCAGCGCCCCCCAUCUGAAUCAGCAGUCAUUGGAUAAGCAUCUGGGAUGAGAAGCUCAUGUGUGUCCCCUACCCAGGCAGCAGAGCCCAUCCCAGGAGCUCAGGGCCUAGGCCUAGAGGUCACGCUGGGGCUGGGUCACAGCCCUCACCUGACACGGCCGCUCUGUUGGGAUGAGGUCCGAGUGUCUUAGAGCAGAGCCUUCAUGGUGUCCAGGCUGUGUCUGAAUCACUUGUAUUCUGUGGUCCUGGAAGGUGGGGACUUGUGUUUCAUGCUGUGCACUUGUGGAGGUAAAGGGAGUGGUGAACCAUUUAAGCCACGAAAGCAAACUGUUUUGUGUCUCAUACCCAAUCGCGAGGGUGAUUUCAAAUGAACUUCAAGGCAAAUUAUCUAUAGAAGACCAGUAUGCAGUAAUUAACAUGCUUUAUCUGUGUGUCCUCAAGGGAAAGCACUAACUCUGAGGAACUAAGCUCUUCCUGAGGAUUGGGAAGGCUUAGCCACAGUUGGGGUUCAGGCUGGGCGGGUACAGCAGGGCCCAGCAGAUGGCGCUUCCCUGGCAGGGCCACCAGCGGUUCCUCUGCAGCUGCCUGGCAUCCCUGGGUUUCUCUACUGCCAUUCAGGAAGGCAGUGAUGGCUUCAAGGGAAAAGAGCUUCCCAAAGACCAAGGGUACCUGCGGACAGGGUGAGACAGAAAGGGGGGCCUGGCUUCCUGGGGUCUCUGCCUUCAACUAAUGCUUGUGCCUCCUCUUUCAGAUUCAACAUGCUCCAAAGAGGUCAUGCCACCUCAGCCUAAAUGUUAAAGAAAAAUUUGUGCAAGUCUGCAUGGUACUUCCUUGCUAAGUACCAUGCAGGUUUUACCUUGCUUUUUUUGUUUGUUUGUUUAGUUUGGUUUUUGUUGGUGUUAUUUUUUUAGUUUUAACCUUGUCUUAAUCACUCUUAUUCCAAAAGAAUAAAUACUUUCUAGAAUUGCUGACUAUUGUAAGAUAUAGUGUAUAUAAAUCACAUUGAAAAUAAUGACCUGGAAUAGAAUGUGUUAGAUGCUGCUUGAUUCCAGAUUCUGUUUGGUUACUUGUAUUUCAUGUAAUGUUCUUCCAAGUUAGAAUCUGGUGCAAGGCCAACUGGGAAUACAUGAAAUUAUUUAAAAAUGCAAACUGACAGUGCACAUAUUUAAAAGUUUGUAAGCUCUCAACAGGGCAGUCUGUUUUCUGUGAUGUCUGAUUGUAGACAGUAAUUGGCUUCCUAUUUUAGUUGUGUUCCAGAUUUGAAAAUGUGUUUUAUAGACAAGUUCUGUUUAUUAACUUUGUGGGACUUUUCCUACUUAUGAUGAGUAUUCACAUAAUGAAUGUUUAGUCCAAAGACUUGUAAAGCUCACAGUGUUUUUAUUAUGUAAAACUUUUAUACUGUCUCGUCACUUGUGUGAUAUUAGAGUCUGAGUUGUCAGCUUGAGUCCCUUAAAGUUUCUAGUAAUAGACAAUAUCAUGCUGUGAUUUUAUUUUUAAUAUGGAUAUGCUAUCACACUCAAACUUUACUGGUCCUGCAUCAGGACAUGGAGUAGGGAAAACUGUAUUUAAUACAGAAUGAAACUGUUUCUAUCUGAAUAAUCUGUAUGGUUUAGACAGUUUGUGUUGUUCAGAGAUGUGUAAAGUUUGAUCUUAGUGUUAUGAACUAUUUAAAAAGCACUUGCCCCCUGUAAAUAUACAGCAUGUAAAUGACAGGAAAUUAAACACU